AUGGCGGCGGCCGAGGUCGACCUUGCCUACCUCUCGACGCAUGCCGGCGUGCCAGAACUCGACCUCGAUGCGGUCGUGACCGCGCCGACAGUCGAACUUGUCUCCUCGGUCUUGGGCGCCAUUGUAACCAAGCUACGCGACCUCGAGCAGGAGAAAUUUCAACUUGGUGUCGAGCUAGAAGCCGCGUACAGAAGCGCAGAAUCAAGAUGCGAACAGUUCAAAGCGACGAGUGAUAAAGCACUAAAGGAGGUUGAGGAGCUUCAAACACUCAAGUCCUCCGGGACAACGUCGCUUUCGGAAAUCGACACUCUCCGGACUCGCAUCGCCUCCCUAGAGACCUCCAAUCGCGAGACCCUUGCCAUCGUCGAUUCUAAGACGACAGCAAACGCGAGCCUAGCCGAGGAGCUGCAAAAACAACACCAGAAAAUUCUGAAGCUCAAUCAGGAGAUCACCACCUUGAAUCAGUCUGUCCAGACUGCCCAGACGGCAGCGAAUUCGGCCAAGUACCGCGAAGGGUCUCUUAAGCAGGAGCUUGAGCUUUCCAAAAAAAACAACGACUGGUUCGAUGCGGAACUCAAGAACAAAACCGCCGAGAGCCUCAAGAUCCGGAAGGAAAAGGGCGCUCGAAUUGCAGAACUGCAACGGCAAAACGAAGAAGCCCUCUCUAACAUUGAAUCGCUGACCCGGACCGAGCAGCAACUACGCAAGCGGCUAGGGGAAGCUCAGUCAAAGGCGGAAGAAGCCCUGACCAAGGUGCAGCAACUGCAAGAAUCCGCGGCCCGCGCCGAGGAGAGCUUCAGGCAGGAGCUCGAGUCGUCAAAGCGUCUGGUUGAGUUGAAAGACCAACAGUCGCAAACGCACCGCAACCGCCUUAAAGAGGUGGAGCUUCGGCUGGAGCAAGUCAAGGACGACGGUGCUGAAGAGGUUCGGCGCGUGCGACGGGAGCUGGAGAAGGAGAAGGAGGACCACGCUCAGACGGAGCAGCAGAUGCAAGAGCUCCAAGCCGAAGCGGACCGUCUCAGAGCCAUUGCCGAUUCCCACAACGGCGUGCCUGGCUCAGCGCCGCAGACACCCCGCGCCAAUGGCUCCUUCCUGGCUCGCCCGUCCUCACCUUUCGGUACCCCGGCGUCAAUGCGUGGCAAGGCGUCGCACCGCGUCACCGAGACACUCGACGAACUUUUCAAGGUGAAGGCCCAACUCACCGGGGAGCAGCGUCGGAAUCAAAAACUCCAAGAGGAGCUCGACGACGCCCUCGGUAUCUGGGAGGCCAAGAUGCCCGAGUACGAAGAAACAGUGGCUGAAAACGAGCGGCUUCGGCACGAAUCCGCCCACAUGUCGGAACUUGCCGAGCAAUCUUAUGAGCAGCGAGAUGCUGCCGUCAAGAUCGCACGCAAAGCUGAGGGCGCCACGGCCGCCGCUCAAGCUGAGAUCAAGAUCCUGCAAACGCAGCUCCGGGAUCUUAGCACGCAGAUCCAUGUUCUCAUCUUCAACAUCCACGCCAGAGAGAAGGGCUUGGAUCAGCUCACCGACGAGGAGACGGCCCAAUUCGAGCGACUUCAACGCGGCGAGGUCGCCGAGCAUGCACUGGAUGACAUGUCCGACACUCAUCGCUUCAUUACCGAGAGGUUCACUGCCUUCAAGGACAUCUUCGAGCUGCAGGAAAAGAACGAGGCGUUGCUGAAGCUCACCCGGGAAUUGGCCACUAAGAUGGAGAAUGAGGAAGCUUUGGCCGCCAAACAACAAGCGGCUCAGGACCACGAAGAGGUCCAGGAACUCCGAGGUACGGUCUCGGUACUCCAGGAUGAGGUGCAGUCCAUUACCGUGCGGAUGAAGAGUUACAUGACCGAACGUGACAUGUUCCGCCGUAUGCUGCAGCAGAAGGCCUCCUCGUCCGAAAUCCAGCAAGCCCUUGGCCUUCCCCGGGAAAGUGGUCAGCGCGAGGUGCUCGCUAGCAUUGAGCAGCCCCAGCCUGCUGAGGAAGCGAACUUGGCUGUGGCCUUCAGGGAGUUGCAGGCACAUUUCGACUCGUACCGCAACGACCAGUCCAUCGACAGGAACGCCAUGAAAGAUCAAAUUGAGAAGUUGUCGACCGAGAAGGGGUCUCUCCAAAGUGAGGUCUCGCGCCUCUCUAGCAAGCUCACCCUUUCAACCGAGCGCUACGAGAUGCUGGAGUCCAAUUUUAAGGCGCUACAAAACGAGAAACAAGAGCUGCAGAAACGGAACCAGUCUCUCUCUGAAUCGGCUGCCAAGCAGGACAUGCGCACCCAGCAAGUGGCCGAGGAUCUCGUCGAGGCUCGCGGCCUAGCCGAGAGUCUGCGGAGCGAAAGCGCGAACCUUCGGGCUGAGAAGAAACUGUGGAAGACCAUCCAGGAACGCCUCAGCCAGGACAAUGAGAAUCUCUCGCAGGAGAAGGACAAGCUAAACAACAUGCUGUCGACUCAACAAUCCAUCUUCAACGAGCGCGAGCUGGGCGAGUCAGAGACUAGACGCAGACUUCAGGCUCAAAUCGACUCCUUGGAUGGCGAACUCACCACCACCAAGCGCAAGCUCUCUGAGGAGGUGGAGGAGGGCAAGAAGAUCCAGCUUCGAAAGGAGUUUGAUGCUCAACAAUUCCAAAAGCGGAUUGACGAGCUGACCUCGAUGAUUGGGCAAAUCAAGGAGGAAAACGUUCAGGUCAAGACGACUCGGGAUCAUCUUCAGGCUCGCGUCGGUGAGCUAGAGAUUGAGCUUCGGAACGCCCAAGAGCGUGCCGAGCGUCUCCGUCCUCUGCCGACUCCCCGGCCCGGGACCCUCAACGAACAAGCCGCUGCCGAUCAGGGUUCUCAGGCCCGUAUUGAGGAAUUGGAGAACGAGGUCCAGGAACUCAAGAAUAGCCUGGAUCUUCUCAAUGUCCAACUCGAGAACGCGAAGCAGCAGGCUGAGCAGUUCAGGCAGCUUAGCAGGGACAUGGAGGAGGAGCUCACCAGCCUCAACGAGUCACACGACCAGUACCGCGAAGAGAUGGAUGCAUCACUCGCGACGAAGACAAACGUUGCGAACGAGCUGCAACAACGCGAAGAGAAGGAGAUGAUGCUCAACAGCGACACCACGCGUCUGAAAGACGAGGAAGAGCGCUACAAGGAGACCGCGCGGUUCCACCAGCAAGACCUGCGUGCGCAAGCCGAGAUUGCCACCAAGGCCCAACAAGAUUACGAACAGGAGCUCGUCAAGCAUGCCGAAGCUGCCAAGCUUCUGCAACAGAUUCGCGCUGAGCAUAAUGAACUCAGGACACAGUCGGCCGCGUGGAGGGCGGAGGCGGAAUCCGCCAAGCUCUCUCUCGCCCAGAGUGAACAAUCUUGGGAAGAGCGGCGCCAACAACUCGAGCAAGAGAUUUCGGAAAUCAAGACAAGGCGAGAGGACGUGGACGCACAAAACAAACUAUUGCACAAGCAGCUCGACAGCGUCACGGCCCAGAUUACUUCGUUGCCAACAAAACCGGGCCCAGGCGGAUGGGGAAGGUCCCGUUGGCCUUCGGUUGCAGACACCGCAACCGAGGGUUCUUCCGCGAGUUUGAAUAACUAUUUGCGCCGGGAGAAGGAGAUUCUCGAGGUUCAGUACGACAUCAAGCUCCAGGAAGCUAAGAGGCUCCAACAACAAGUCGAAUACUCUCAAUCCCAACUUGACGAGGCCCGCCUCAAGCUUGACCAGGAGCGCAGGGCUCACGCCGAUAGCUCGAGGAGCUCCCUUACCCACAAGGAGCUCAUGGAGAAGCUCAACGAACUCAACCUUAUCCGCGAGAGCAACGUGACUCUCCGCAACGAGAACCAGCGGGCUCAGGCUCAGCUUGUCAAGAAGUCGGAGAAGAUAUCCGAGCUUGAAGGCAGGAUCCAGCCUCUCGAGGCUCGCAUCUCGGAGCUCGAUCUCGAUCAGGGCUUCAAGGAGCAGGAAAUCCGACAGCUUCAGGAAGCCCGUGAGGGCCUGCAAAAGAGGAUCGAGUCGAUUCUCAGCAAGUACGGUCAAGCUGACCCCCAGGAGGCGGAACAGCUAAAGGAGACCAUCACGAGUCUGGAAGCGGAGCGGGAUGCCCUCAAGCAGUCUGAGCAAUCGUUGCAGCAGAAGGUUAAGGAGCUGGAGGAAACCUUGGAGACGAAAACGAACGAGUGGAAGACGAUGAAGGAGCGUUUUGCUGAGGACUUCAAGACGCGGUUUAGGAACAUGAAGUCUCAACGUGACGAGGCUAAUGUCGAAAAGAACACCCUCCAGGGCAGCCUCGACUCGGUCAACGAACGGUUGGCCGGCGUGGAAAAGGAGCUUGAGACAGCCAAGCAGCAGUUGAGUAAUCUCACCGAGAAGAACCAGACCCUCGAACAACAAGUUCAGCAAGCUCAGCAAACGGCAGCACCCCCGACAGAGGAGCAGCCCCCAGCUGUGGUGGACUCGACCCAAAUCGCAGAACUUACUCAGCAGCUUGACAGCCUUAAGCAGGAGUUAGAGGCUGUCUCAUCCCAGAAGGCCACAGCCGAAGCCCAGGUUGAACAACUUCGGGCCGAACUUGCUACAGCCAUUAGUGAGCGUGACCAGGCCCUGGCACAGGCUUCCGCAGUAAACGCUGGCGAGGUUGCCAUGGCUGAUGUCGCCGCCGCGUCGUCUCAAGUGGCAACUGGCCUCACCGACGAGGAGCGUAAAGCUCUGGAGGAGAAGAUCGCCACCGCCGAAGCCAAGGCCGCUGAAUUCGAAGCGAAGGCUAAGGAGCUCGAAGAGCAGUCCGACAACAUCAUCAAGCAGCGGUCCGACAAGAUGAAAAACGCAUUGAAUAAGAAGCUUACGGAAUCAAAAGAGGCAAUGGAGAAACAAGCGCAGGAAGAGAAGGCGAAGCUGCAAGAGGAGUUUAACCUCAAACUCCAACAGGAGCUGGCUAUUGUCAAAGCGGAACAGCAGACCGCCACGCCCAAGAACGGCGUGCCUUCGACACCUAUCAAGCCGUCGGCCGAGACAAACCCCCCGCAGACCCCCGCUACCGACUUCAGCUCCCUGAGUGAUGUGCAAAUCCGGGAGUUUGUCGCCACCAACUCGACCGUUUCGAGCAUUGUCAAAGCCAAUGUCAAGAGGAUGGUCGCCGCUGAGACGAAGAAAGCCAAGGAGGAGGCCGAAGUGGCAGUGAAGGCCGAGUAUGAACAAAAGAUUGUCAACGCGAGCAAUUUGGCCGAAAAGAAAUGGGCACUUCGUAUCAACAUGCUCGACAGGCAAGCCAAGACGGCACAAGCUAAGAUUUCGGUCGUCGAGACCGCGGCUGGGGACACGCCGCAACGGCCUGUGGUCGAGGUGUGGAACAUUGCCAAGGACGCGAAGCCUCAGCUGGCUCCUACUCCUGCAGCUCCCGCUCCGGCGCAAGCACCUGCCACGCAAGCAACGGCGACCCCUUCGGCUUCCGCUGGUACACCCCCAGCAACUGCGGGCCAGGCUGGUCAAGCCCCUUCAGGUAAACACCCAUCCCCCUUGCCCAUAUCGACGCUUAACACAGAUGCUAAUAACUCACCAGCUGCACCUGUCAAAGAGGAACCCAAACCCGCGGCGGCCGCUCAGACUGCGCUCCCACAGCCGGCGAAACCGGCCACUGGGAUCCCAACACCGCCUGUGAAUAACCCCUUCGGCGCACCCGCAGCUGCCCCGAGCAGCAGCCUCCCGCAACCCGCCGCAGCCCAACAGCAACAACAACCCCAACAGCAACAACAACCCCAACAAGCUCAGCAAGCACAGGGCCAACAGGGACAGCAGCCGCGAGGCAUCCCAGUCCCGUCCGGCCGUGGAGGCGGUGGCGCGAACCGAGGCAGAGGGGGUGUCUAUCAAGCCGGUCCAGGCCGUGGCGGUCAAGGACAGCGCGGCCGUGGUGGAUUUGGCCGUGGCGGUGGUGGAUUGAACCCCGGUGCUGGCGACUUUACUCCCACUGGCGGUGCUGGGAACAAGAGACCUAGGGAUGGAGCGGACGGGUCUGGUGAAGGAGGCAGAGGGGGGAAGAGGGCUAGGGGUGGCGGAUGA